CACGGCUCUUGCGAUGUUUUUCCGCUCGAGCUUUUUUUUCUCCCUUUUGGUGCAACUCCACAGUGCUGCAGCUCGUCUUAAGAGAGAGAGAGGCUAUUUUUCGCUUAACUCGAAGGUCCGAGAGUAAGUGAUUGUAUACACAUAUACCUACUCUCACGGCUUUGGCGAGGGUCCAAAAGUCAGCUGGUACUCCGACUCCGAAAUUCGGAGUCGGAGCUGCUCCAAAGAGGUGUAUUAUUGUGACCUGGUGGCUCGGCUACAUACCCAUCUUACACCGUCGUUGCGGCAUAGGUGAGGUGACACACUUGCGCAGUGUAUACAUGCACAUACGAAAGUACGCCAAAGUGCAUAAGUACACCUAAGGGCAAGGGGGUGUGUGUACGUAUAUCGCAGGACACGCGUGAUAUAUACAUAUAUCUGUGCAUCCCUAAUACCUGGGACCGAGUAUAAAUUAAAAUCCUCGCCCAAAGAGACGACUCGUAUUAUACUUUGGGUGUGAUGUGUGGCAUAAUAUGUGGAACACAGCUUUGAAAUUGAUUAUAAUAAGCACCAGUACCUGAGCUGCUGCAUACUAUCACCAUCUCCAAAGGCAAAAGGUUCCAGAAAUAAUAUAGGUCAAACAUUGUCAGCGUCACAAUGUCCGAGGACGAGGACACGACGAUUUUGCUGAAGAGCGCUAGCCGCGUGGCCAGUAGCGGUGAUGGUACCGACAACGACGUGGGUGGUGGCAACAACAACAAUAACAAUGAACAACAACAGUCAGCGACGAGCCUGAAGGUGCCCAUCAAGGAGUACGAAUACAUUCCGCCAAAGAAGCUCCGGAAGCCCGUGCCCAGGCACACCGAGAGCCUGACGCCCCUCACCUCGGAGAACCAGUCGGGCCUAGUCUCGUUUGUCGCGGCAGCCGCUGGGCUAGCAUUUGGCUACGACAUGGGCAUCGGCAGGCAGAUCACACCCCUCGUCAAGAAGGAAUUCACCCUCGACUGCAACGAGGAAAACAUGAUCGUCAAUGUCUGGUUCGUCGGAUGCCUCAUUGCUGCUGUCUUUGGAGGCAUUCUAAUAGACACCUGCGGCCGCCGUUGCACCAUGAUAUUCUCCUUGGUUUUCCUCACGUUUGGCACGAUGCUCUCGGCCUUGGCGAACCACUACAUGUUGUUUCUGGUCGCGCGAAUAAUAUGCGGCUACGCGGGCACCCUGUCAGCCAUUGCCCACUGCAUCUACAUGGCCGAAGUGUCGAGCGCGAGCAAGCGCGGCUGCAACAUAACUCUCCACCAGGCUGGCUCGGCUGCUGGCCUCCUGUUGGCCGUCAUCGCGUCAAGCGCCAAGAGCGAGGAUCACCAGUGGCGCUUCGUCGUCGGCCUCACGUCGGCCCCCGCUCUGCUGACCUGCAUCGUCACCAUCAUCUUUCUCCAGAGAUCCCCGUCCUUCAUGCUACUCAAGAGGGUGGCCAACGUGCCACGCGUACCUGUCAAAAAUUCCUGGUGCUACGUCUUCGAGACGCUCAUCGUCAUGAUGAUCAUGCUGGCGCUCAGGCAGGCCACCGGCAGACAGCAAGUUCUCUACUACGCCCCCAGAUUGUUCGCCCUCUUGGGCAUUUGUUCGAACAUCGCCAGAGUCACGUCCAUGGUGGCACUGGGUGUCGUGCGAGUAUUCAGCACCCUGCUGUGCCUGAUCGUCGUCGAGCGUUGCGGUCGCCGCACGGCCCUGAUAACAUCUGCUACGAUUUGUAUGACGGCCGUGUCCCUUUUGUCUUUGCUGACCACCUUGGAUCGUGGCGAUGAGCUCUUGACGUUUCCAAACGAGCCCUGCAGCACCCUCGCGUCGACCAACAGUUUCAAUGGCAACGAUUUUUUGUACAAGAUGAAAUCGAUGUCGCCGACAGGUUCACCACCACCGUAUCCGCUCUUGCCCACUCCGCUGGCCAUAAUGGUGCCCAACACCGAGACCUGGACGCAGGUCAAAUCUUCGUGCGAGGUUAAAGACUAUAAUGUGAUGUUUAUUGAUAAUCCCGUUGGCGUUGGUUUUAGCUACGUUGAGUCCUCUGACGCGUAUAGUCAAAACAACAAACAGAUUGCAAAAGACCUAAUGGAAUGUAUGAAAGAAUUUUACAGGCAAUUUCCAAAGUUUGAAAAUACACCGACUUACAUAGCUGGUGAAUCUUAUGGAGGAAAAAUGGCUGUUGAGUUUGCGUAUUUGUGGUAUCAAGAGCAAAAUAAAGGAAAUGUCAAAAGCAAUCUUAAAGGAGUAGCUCUGGCAGAUUCUUUGAUUUCCCCUGAUGAUAUGUACACGGCGAUUGCUCCGUACUUGUUUCAUUUUGGUUUGAUUGACGGUGACGGUUAUCAAGCUAUCAGCAAGGCAGCCGACAAAUUUGUCAAAGCCAGCAGUUCCGGCAGUUGGCGUGAAGCUGAGGAAAUUUCAGAAACAAUUGAAAGCCUUAUGCAAAAGUACACUCAUAGCGUGGACAGGUACAAUGUUCUCAAAAAAGUUAGGCCCAAGCGUCCCACACAUAAAUACAACUCUAGAUUCAUAGACGAUGAAGUGUACUCGUAUAAAUUAAAACAAAUAAUGAAGCAAGUUGGAGCUGCUCUAGAUUUAAAAAGUCCAUGGACAGCCGAUGUAAUUAAUGUUUACAAUGCUCUGAUAGAAGAUUGUAGAAAGCCCGUUGUCUACCAUGUUGAAAAGCUAUUGAACGAGACGGACAUCAAAGUUUUUGUUUUCAAUGGUCAAUUGGAUCUCAUAAUAAAUAUACCAGGUACUUUACGUUGGAUUGAAAAACUAAAAUGGAAACAUGCCGAAAAAUGGCUAAAAGCGCCUAGAUUACCAUUAAUUGUUAACGAAAUCAUAGAAGGUUACUACAAGGGUUACAACAAUUUAAAGUUUUAUUGGGUAAACAGAGCUGGGCAUAUGGUUUCCGAUGAUAAUCCAGAAGCCAUGGAGGCCAUUAUGAAAGACUUAACUGAUAAAAAAUCUGAAACUGUGGAGUAA